GUGCUGCCGCCGGGAGGGAGGGCCCGUCCUCCUCUGCCUGUGCGGAGCCGCCCGCCGAGGACCUGCGGCCCCGCUGGCGCGGGGAGGCCGGGCCGGGGCUGGAGCUGGCGGGGGCACAGCCGCCCACCCGUGCUCAGCCUGCCCGCGUCGGGGGGGCGAGGGCGGGCGCUGCCAGCCCGAUUGCGGGGUCGGGGAACAGCGCCGGCUCCCCCCGCGCGGUGCCGGUCACCCCCGGAUCUCUCACUGUCCCCUGGGAGCAGCCUUCCCUCGGAUGUCAUCGCUGACCCAUCCCGGUGCCCCGGCCGUGGCCGGGCUGCCAGUGCUGGCAGAAGCCCCCGUUCCCCGGUUUGGGGUUCCCACCGCCACAAAAGCGGGAGACUCCCUCCCGGUGUCCCUGCCGGUGGAUGUCACCAUCCAGGGGUGCCCUUGGCUGGGAAUGGGCUUUGCAACCCAGGACUUUAAACGUCCGUCAUGGUACCAUUCCCCGUCCCGUUCUAAAUCGCUGCUGUAUGAAUGGGGAGGUCCCUCCGAGCCCCCAGCCUUUGUCUGUUGUAUGCCCACAUGCACGGGGGGCAUUUCUCUCUUCCCUUUUCCCUGGCCCAUUCCCUCUUCCCUCAUCCCCAGGACCACAGCACCCAGGGCAGGCUUGGGCAUGGCCCCUCCGGAGCAGGGGUAGGGACAGCCAGAGUGCUAAUCUGCCCUGGGGCUCCAGCCCCUCCUGGUGAGCAGAGCCCUCCUGGACAGAUGGAUGGACAGAUGGACACCCCACAGUAGUGUUCCUCCCCCCCCCAUCCUUGCUGCCUGGAGCAGCUGGAGGGGACCUGGCUGGGAAAUCAGUCCUGCCUUCACUGCAGAUCCGGAGUAUGGGAUACACACACGCCACUUCCAGCCCCCAUGCAUGGAAAGUGACCCUGUACAGCCUGUAUGCCCGCACGCGCCUGGGCUACCUCUUCUACCAGCGGCAGGUGAAGAAGGCCCGGGAGCGGUACCCACAUGGCCAUUCUGUGCCCCAACCCUGCUGCUUCCCCGGGGUGAAAAUCCUGCCCAUUCCCGUGCUCUCCAACAACUACAGCUACCUGGUCAUCGACACUGGCUCCAGCCGAGCGGCCGUUGUCGACCCCUCUGACCCACUGGCUGUGCAGGCUGCCAUUGAAGAAGAGGGGGUGAUGCUGGAGGCCAUAUUCUGCACACACAAACACUGGGACCACAGCGGAGGGAACGCGGCGCUCUGCCAGAAGCACAAUUCCUGCAAAGUAUACGGCAGCGCUCUUGAUGCCAUCCCACAGCUCACCAACCCACUUGCAGACAGGGAGAAGGUGAGUGUGGGCUGCCUGACCUUCGAGGCGCUUGCCACACCUGGCCACACUGUGGGCCACAUGGUGUAUGUGCUGGACGGGGAGCCCUUUGGCAGCCCCCCCUGCCUCUUCUCCGGGGACCUCCUCUUCCUCGCUGGCUGUGGCAGGCCAUUCGAGGGCUCCCCUGAGACCAUGCUCGCCUCCCUGGACAUGGCCAUGGGCUUGGGUCAGGACACGCUGCUGUGGCCGGGCCACGAGUAUGCACUGGAGUGCCUGACCUUCGCCAGCCUCCUGGAGCUGGACAAUUCUGCGCUGGAACAGAAGCUGCAGUGGGCAGUGCAGCAGCGCCAGGAGAAGAGGAGUACGGUGAGGCAUGGGGGUCCCUUGGCUGCAGCACCCACCACCCCAGCGCCUCACAGGGAUCCCCAUCCCUUGGCAGGGAUGCUGCACCCCAACAUCCUCUUUCAUGGCGGGUUCCUUAAGGGAAGGGGGUUCUGGGAGGGGUUCCAGCUCCCUGCCAGGGGUGCUGCCUCUGUCAGGGGAGCUGAAUGGCUGGCCCCACAGUGCCCCUCCACACUGGGGGAAGAGCAGACCUACAACCCCUUCCUACGGACACACCGGCCGGAGCUGCAGGAGGCACUGGGACUGUGGCAGGAUGGGGGAGAGGACCCUGAUGCCUUCCGCGCCCGCGUCCUCAAGGAGGUGCGGAGGCGCAAGGACCUCUACCAAGCCACCUAGAUCUUCCCUCCCCUUUCCAUGGGGCCGGGUGAUAUUUGGGCACAAGGGGCCCAAGACUCUGUGUGUUUCAAUUUGCUGUGAAUCUCCCUCCUGGGGUGCAUGGCUGGGGGGGAAGAGUGGACACCCCUUUACAUGGGCACCCAGUAAGUGAUCCCUGCCUUUGCUCCCCCAGACUUGGGGGUCACCAGCUGUCAUAGAAGCACCUCGAUCCCCUUUCUGGGGGUCUGUAGCCCCCCCUGCCCCACUGCUAGGGCUAUGGGGAUGGCACCAAGGGCUUUUCCUAUCCCCCCUCCCUGUUUUUCUGGGAGUCUCCAAUUUCCCCACCACCAUUACCACUCGGCUACCUCCCCUUACCCUGGCAGCCCCUAGUGCUGUGCAUCUCUUUUGGAGGGGGCUGUGAUGGAGUCUGCAAGGAUAGGUGGGGGGCAGUACUACCUCCAGGCAAGGGGCUCCUCUCCAGCACCCCAUCCUUGACGCUGGAGCUCCCCCUGCGCGCACACACACACACAGACACACACACAGAGCUGGGGACAUGGGCUCACACUGGUGUGGGGUGGGAGACGCUACUGUACGGGACACACACACACCCCCCCACACACCCCAAAUAAAAGACUAGAUCGAUUUUA